AUCUCAGCAGCCUAGAGCCAACUCUACUCCUCGAAACGGAUUACCAUGACGAGCGUAUGCAGCAGCUACCAGCACUAUCAGCUGACCAACGGCAGCAUCAUGCAACUGAUGCAACACCACCAGCAGGGCCAGCAGCAGCAGCUACAGCAGCACCAACAGCUGAUUGCCCCCAAGAUGCCGCUGGGCAACAGCCAGCUCCAGAACAUGCAACAGCAGCACCAGCACCAGCAGACGAACAGCUCUGCCGGCCCCAUGCUGGCCAAGAAGAAGUUCAACAACUACAACCCAAUGCCCUAUGGUGAGCCGCAGAUGCCAUCGGUGGCACGUCGCAAUGCGCGGGAGCGCAACCGCGUCAAGCAGGUGAACAACGGCUUCGUCAAUCUGCGCCAGCACCUGCCCCAGACGGUGAUCAAUGCCCUGUCGAAUGGGGGACGUGGCGCCAGCAAGAAGCUAUCGAAGGUGGACACACUGAAGAUCGCCGUGGAGUAUAUACGCGGCCUGCAGGACAUGCUCGGCGAUGGCCAGCCCCGUCCGAUGUACAGCUCCGGGGACGAGAGCAGCAACGAUGGCAUUUACAACGACAACUACGACAGCAGCCUGGACAGCCCCGAGUCGCAGUUCGCAAUUGUCGCGCAAUCGCAUUCGUAUCACUCGGCCUCGCCCACACCCUCGUACAGUGACGCCUCCGAUGUAUCGGCCAGCUAUGUGAAGCAGGAGAUGCCCGAUCACGAGCACGAUCACCAGCACCAGCAGCAUCACCAGCAGCAUCAGCUUCAGCAUCAACUCAAGUUCGAGUCCUUCGACAGCUUCAGCGACGAGCAGCCCGACGAUGAGGAGCUGCUCGACUACAUCUCCUCGUGGCAGGAGCAGUGAAAAGUGCACAACCACCAGAGCAGGAGAUCCCAGCGAUCCCAGCCAUCCCAGAGAGCAAGC